UAUUGAAUAUAUGUUUGUAUUUUAAUGGGAAAAAAAAGGGGGUCAUGUUUCGAUUACGUGAAGUUACUCGAAAAGUACCAUGUUUCUUCUCGUGAAUUGACUGUUUCAUGUUAGAGGAAAUGAAGAAUGUUUGUUGGAAAAGUAUUAACAAAGUAAUUAUUAAUGUUAUGUGUCUCGUUUUGGGUUCAAGUUUUUCUGAAUCUGCAUUUACAUUUGAAGAUUGCUCUGAUAAUGCAACUGCCAUAUUCCAAGUAAAUAACUUUACUGUCGAACCAGAUCCCAUAGACCUAACGAACAACGUGAGCAUAACUGCUAACAUAGAGCUACUAAAGAGCAUCACAAGCAACUUUGUUUUAGAUACAAGGUAUUUUAGACUGACAAGAGUUUUCGGUUACAGCUUGGACAUUCCCAUUCCUUGCAUCGCAUCAAAAUAUGGAUCAUGCACUCUUCCAGCUUGCAUGUAUUUGGAGAGUUUUCAAAGGAAUGUCUGUCCAUUUUUUCCAAAUGAAAUUGAAUGUAAAUGUCCGGUAGAGGAAGGUUUUUAUGGUGGCGAAAACGUACAAAUUAGAAUUGCUUACAUACCACUCAUUGGAAGAUUUUUUGUAAAAGGGAGAUAUAGGACAGAGCUCAGAAUUAAAGAAAUGACAAAUGAAACUGAAGUAGCUUGCUUCAAAAUUUUCACAGAACUUGAUUAGAAAAAUUUUUUGUGGAUAUUACGUAACUGCUCACAAUGCAUUUAAUCCAUCUUUUUUGUGUUUAAUCCCAUAAUGCCUUUAUGCAUCACUUUUACUUUUCAUGGAAAAAAAAACAAAGCUUGAAAUCGUUUCAUUUAUUGGAAAUUGCAUUUUAUAUAACGAUUUUUCUUUCAAAAACAAUAAAUGAAAUCUAAAACAAAAGAAAGAUGCAUUA